CACGUGUUGUCACUUGUUUCAUUUGUUUCAAUUUUUAUUAUCAUUUAUUAAUUAAAUAUUAAAAUAAUAAUAAUAAAAUUAAUAUUGUAUCAAAUAUCUAAUAAUAAUCAACAUGGAUCCAGCACUUUUAAAAGAACGUGAACGUUUUGUUAAAAGAGCACUUGCUGCACCAGUGAUUGAAAAGAAAAAACAACCAGUUGUGAAUAAACAAGAAACAGCAGUACGUAAUGAUUCAUUUAGAAAAAAACAAAGAUCAGUAUCAAGUGUACCAAACCCAUAUGAUUACAAUUUAAGUGGAUCAACUUCAACAAAUAAAUUUGGAGUAUUAGCUAAAAUAAUAGCGUUUAUGAAAGCACGUUAUUUGAAUUUGUUGGAGAGUGAGGAGAAAGACCAUCUUCUUCCACUUACAUUCUAUGAAAUUAUAAAUAAAGCAGAAAUGCUUAAUGUUGAACCCAAGAUAAAAAAUUGGCUCGAAAAUGAUGCUUUAAAAAAUAAUCCAAGAAUUUCCGUUGACGAAUAUGGUAAAUUUAAUUACAAGCCACCAAUAGAAAAUGUAAGAACUAAAAAAACAUUAUUGAAAAAAUUAAAAUAUAAUGAUUUAAAAAAUUUGGGUGGAACUUUGUUGAAUGAACUUCAAGAAAGUUUACCAAAUUGUGAUAAAAUACUAAAAAGUAUUGAAAGUGAAAUAAUAACUGUUGAACGUCCUGAUAAAAAAAAAAUAAUAUUCUACAAUGAUAAAACAGCUACUUUAGAAAUUGAAGAAGAUUUUAAAAAAUUAUGGCGUUUAGCAUCAGUUGAAGGUAUGGAUGAUAAAAAUAUUGAAGAAUAUUUAGAAAAAAAUGGUAUUAAUUCAAUGCAAGAUACAAGACCAAAAGUUGCACCAAUUAAAAGAAAAAGAGCAAAUAAUAGACGUAGAAAUGUUAAAAGACCAAAAGACAAUGAACAUUUGGCUGGUAUUUUGGAAAAUUAUGAUGAAAAUGAAUAAUCAACAUCAACAAAAAUUCA